AUUAUAAUAUAUUUGUUUUGAUGUGAAGGCAUGGCUAUGGAAGAUGGCAAGCUAUUGUUGAUGACAAGGAUCUUAGGGUUCAAGAGGUCAUCUGUCAAGAACUGAAUCUUCCCCUUAUAACUCUCCCUGUCCAAGGAGCAUUUCAAUCACUGGACAGUGCAAAUACAGCUAGUACUGAAAGACCUGGGAAUCAGACAAAUGGAACCGGUGGUGGGAAUGAUUUAGCAGCUGAUGCUGCACAAGGAGCACCUGAUGCUGCAAAUCGAGCACAAAUACAUCAAGAUUCUUCUAUAUUAUAUCAUUUCAGGGAGAUGCAGAGAAGACAGGUCGAGUUUAUCAAGAAAAGGGUGCUUCUGUUGGAGAAAGCACUAAAUACGGAGUACAUAAAAGAAGUAUUUGGUGAGGAAAAAACAAAUGUGGCUCCUAAUGGAGAGCUGGAGACAGAAGCCAAGGUUGUAAAUAUACCAAGUUCAUGCUCCAUGGAGUUUGGUGCCCAAACUAUGAAUGAUUUACCAGAAGUAGAAGUGAUCCCUCCAGAAGAAGUUUCAGCUGUUGCUUGUGACGAUAAACCAGAUCGUUUGAAAAUGGCUCAGCUUUAUAAUGAGAUGUGCAAAGUACUUGGACAAAAUGCCAAUGAAUCGAUGGAGGCAUUUUUAGCAAACAAACCAGCAGGUUUCAAGUUGAAGAAGAAUCUCCUUCCACUAGAGACCAUCUAUCAAGAUAUAAAUAGAAUCCUCUCUCUAGUUCAACAGGAUUCUUCUAGUUUAAAACCUCAGAUACAAAAAGCAGAUUCACACUCGGAAACGCCAACUGAAAUUGCAGGACCCAAUUUGCUGUCAACACUGCAGGGAGACAAACACAAAUCUGGUCCAGAGGCAAUGACAGUGGAGUCAGGCCCUGAAACAGAAUGUAGUAAUAGAUCAACAACAGAGCCAGAUUUUGAAAAAGAAAAGAGUAAUUCGCCUUCUUGUGAAGUUGUUCCUGCUGCUGCAGAUUCAUGUCCACCUCAGACUGAACCUAUAUGUUCAACCAAUGGAACUGGAGAUGAUGUGGAAAUGGAAGAGUUGCGUGAUGCUGAUUCAAGUGCCGAUGAACCAACUGAAGAAAGCGCCGAUAAAUCGGACCCUGGGGUCAUUGUUUUGGAUGAUUAAAACUAAUACAAGGUUGGUUACUAGCUGAAUUGAUAAUUUUUUUUUUCUUUUUUCUUUAUGAUGAUAGUGAUUAGUCUGUUUCAAUCUAAUUAACUAGAAAUGUUCUAAACUCCUAAAGUAGUGUUUUACAGCUGAAUUUUUUUAAAUAGAAACUUAGUUUCCUUCAAUUUUUAAUAGAGAAAUCAUACCUUCUGUGUUCUUGCCUUCCA